AAAUUGCAAGGAGAGAAAACUCCGAAGAAUAUUAAUGCUACCCUCAAGGAAUUCUUUGGGAUCAUUCCCGGGCAUGGGGAUCCACUGCAGGAGCGAGGCACUUACACGUGCAGACGGUGUGCCGUCGUGGGCAACUCUGGGAACCUUCUGCAGUCUCGGUAUGGCCCAGAUAUUGACUCCCAUGACUUUGUGCUCAGAAUGAACCGUGCCCCCACCACUGGCUACGAAUCAGAUGUUGGGAGCAAGACCACUCACCACUUCGUUUACCCCGAGAGCUACAAAGAGCUGGCAGAAAACGUGAGCAUGAUCCUGAUCCCCUUCAAAACCCUGGACCUGCGCUGGGUUGUCACCGCUCUCACCACAGGCACCAUCAACUUCACAUAUGUGCCAGUUCCACGGAAGAUCAAAGUCAAAAAAGAAAAGAUCCUCGUUUAUAAUCCAGCUUUUAUGAAAUAUGUCUAUGAAAACUGGCUCCAACAUCAUGGGAGAUACCCCUCCACAGGAUUUCUGUCUUUGAUAUUUGCACUCCACAUUUGUGAUGAGGUGAAUGUAUACGGUUUUGGAGCAAACAGCAAAGGACACUGGCAUCACUACUGGGAAAACAACGCUUCAGCUGGGGCUUUCCGGAAGACAGGUGUCCAUGACGGGGAUUUUGAGUUCAAUGUAACUUUGACUCUUGCCUCCAUUGAAAAAAUAAGUUUUUUCAAGGGCAGAUGACCCUGGCCACAGGGAGAAGUGGGGGCUGCAAUUUCCAACAUGCAGCAGAAAAGAGCUCAGUGAAGAUGAUCUGGGCACCAGCCAGGCUUGAAUGCGUGAAUCUGCGGUGGAUCCGGAGCAUCUCACUGCUGCAGUGCUCACGGCAGGGCGCUCAGCUGAGGACCGGCUUCCACGCUGCGUGUGAUUUCCUACCUACAGAUAGCUGGGAACUACCAAUCAGUUGUGGGAAUAAAUAAAUCUCUGCUUAGGCUCUACGGCUUGAUUUCUGAAUUACUGAUGAAAGGCCUGCCUGUUGCAAUUAGGGGAAACCUGGGCACAGGAACUGCUGUUUACAUGUCCGUUCUUUCCUCGAGUAAGGCAGGAGAUCCUUGAAGAAGAGUGAAAACUAUUUCUGGGACUUGAGACCCAUUAGGGCAGCUGUGAACAUCAUAGUAAGGAUUACCUCAAAGAAAUGAAUUCACUUCUGCUGUUGAUCUUCUUUUUGAACUGUCUCUUCUGUUUCCUCUAUUACUUCUGGUUUUAUGUUGUAUCAAGCAAAAACGUGAUGAAGUUGCCUGGAG